GCCGGACCGGAAGCGACGCAAAGGCGGCUGCCAGGCGGUGGAGCGCACCCGCUGAAGUGUUUCUCCCGCGCUCUCUCUCUCUCUUUUCUCGGCCCGGCUUUGCUCCGCCGCCGACCCCGCGCCAGAGCCAUGUCGGCGCCCGGAGGAGCCGGCGGAGAAUUCGGCAACCCGCUGCGCAAGUUCAAGCUGGUUUUCCUCGGCGAGCAAAGCGUUGGAAAAACCUCCUUAAUCACUAGAUUUAUGUAUGACAGUUUUGACAACACUUAUCAGGCCACCAUUGGAAUUGAUUUCCUUUCAAAGACUAUGUAUUUAGAAGACCGCACGGUCCGACUUCAGCUUUGGGACACAGCAGGCCAGGAACGGUUCCGUAGCCUCAUUCCCAGCUACAUACGUGAUUCAACUAUUGCAGUGGUAGUCUAUGAUAUUACAAAUCUGAAUUCCUUCCAGCAAACCUCCAAAUGGAUCGACGAUGUGCGAACAGAAAGAGGAAGUGAUGUCAUCAUCAUGCUGGUGGGCAAUAAAACUGACCUUGCAGAUAAAAGGCAGAUUACUACAGAAGAAGGUGAACAGAGAGCCAAAGAACUAAGCGUGAUGUUCAUUGAGACUAGUGCGAAGACGGGCUACAACGUGAAGCAGCUUUUCCGCCGUGUUGCUGCUGCCUUACCUGGGAUGGACAACGCUCCCGAGAAGAGCAAAGAUGACAUGAUUGACAUCAAACUAGAGAAACCUCCCGAGCAGCCUGUGACCGAGAAUGGCUGUUCUUGUUAAAUGUUCUCCAGCGUGGCAGCCCCCCCUUCCCAGUUAGCCAGUUCAAUCUCUCACCGAAGAGCUCCACUUCUUUACUGACUACCAAAACACGACUUUUCCAAGGGCCGAAAAGGCUAGGCGGUCGGAGUCAUCCAGUCUCCUCCUCCCCCCUCCCCCCGCGCGUCGUGUGGACCAGCCCCAGUUGCUCCCGUUUACUGCAUGGUGUGAACCCUCCAAUGCCUCUUGCCCUUCGUCAGUUGUUGCACUUUGGUGCUGCUGUGGCACUCUUCUUUGCUAGGUUUUCCUUGCUGGGUUGUCCUAUGAAUGUGCAAGGGAGUAACUGUCCAUCUUUUUUUAAAAAAUAUAUAUUGGUAAACUUACCGUAAAGGAGCUAAUGCAUUCUUCCCUUCUCCACUUCCCUCCCCCCGUUUUUUUUUU